AUGAAUCUUAAUAGUUUAGUUGAAGCUGCUGCAAAUGGUCAACAAGAUCUAGAUAGGUUACCAACAGGUGAUCUCUUACCUCCAAAUAUUGAAAACCUCAAGAAAGUUUAUUAUUUACCAGUGGGUUUAUCACCAGUACAAAGAGAUCUUAUUGAAAUAUUGAUUAAGUUACAUAAAAACUCCAUUCUAAAGCAAUUCAGAGAUGAAGAAGAAGGUAUAACUGAGUCAUAUAUACAAAAUAAUAGUAAUGAAACUGAUCUAUCAUCUCCAUUGUUAUCUGAAAGUGAUUUACAAAAUUUAUUAUAUAGAAAUUUGACACUAAUAGCAAACCAUCCUUAUUUAUUAGUGGAACAUUAUAUGCCAACAAAACUACUGCUUAUGGAAUCUCAUGAAAGAUUAUUUUUAUCAAGUGACAAAUUUGAAAAAUUUGACAAGUUAUUGAAUGGUAUUCAAGGUUUAUCGUUGAAUGUUGUUAUUGUUGGACACAACAUUAAAGAAUUGGAUUUAAUAGAAGCGUUUAUUCUUGGAAGAAGUUUGAAUUAUAAAAGAUAUUCAGGGGCUCAAAUUGUGGAAUCUCAAAAAUCAUCUUCUCAGUCAUCAGCUGGCAGUGAUCAAAAGAAUAGCAAUGGUAGUACUUCAGGUUCAGAUAAAAAAAGUGGUAAAGAAGAUGAUUAUAUACCACGCAGUCAAAAACAUCCAAAAGUUAAAGCUUCAGAAUUUCCAUUAACUUUACAUUUAAUCACAUAUCAACAGUUAAAAUCAACUUUUUUUGAAAAUACCUCAUUAGAUUUUAUAAUAAGUUUUGAUCCGUUUAUUGAUGAAAAUGAUAGUCAUGUUGAAUAUUUGAGAACUUAUAAAGGAAAGUUAUCAUCAUCAGAUCAGCCAAUCCCAUUGAUCAAGAUCAUAGUGGCACAAUCUCACCAACAUGGAUUCUUAACUUUGAAGGAUUCAAAUGAAGAUGAACUUAAGAUUACCCAAAAGACAUUAUAUUCAGCAAUAGCUAAUAGAUCACAAGAUAAUUCAAAGCUUUUUGAUGAAUCUUAUGGUGUUUUAUUUGAUCACGCCAAAAAAUUCUUUCAAGACCCUAUAAAUAAUCAUUGGCCAAUUAAAGGAUUACCAAAUUUCAAACUACAUACAGAUGAAGAAAUAGUGCAAUCAUUAGACCAAGAUUUUUCUGUUGCUUUUAAUACUGAAGGUCCAACCCACAAAAAGAUAAAAUCAGAUGUUAUUGUGGUUCCACAACAACUUACUGUAAAAGAGUAUCAUCAAAUUUUAGCCAAAUUAACAAUUGCUAGGAUUUCAGGUAUUGAAAAGGCAAUUAAUCUAAACAAGGAAAAAAUAAAACCAUUCAAGCUUAAAUCCACAAUAAAACAUAACCAAUCUGAUAAUAUUAAAUUGAAAAUUGCAGAUUUGUUUAAAGAAUCUAAGAAACUCCAGGAAGAAGCAUCAAGCGCUGAAAAAAGAUAUGAAAGGUUAGAACUAGAAUAUGAAAAAUAUGAAACUAAUGAGAAAUCUCUGACUGAGAAAAAGGAUUAUUUAGAAAAAGUUGAAUCUGGUGAAAUUGUCUUGAAGGACGAAGAAUUAGAUUCUGAAUUGAAAGAAUUAGAAUCAUUUUUAUCGAAUUUGAAAACUGAAAAUGAAGAAUUAUCAAUAAAGAGUGAUGAAUUAAGAUCCGAGUAUCAACAAAUCACAUCAGAUGCAGCUGAAAAAUCUGGUACAGCUAAGCUAUUUGAAACAAAAGAUAAGGAGUUAGCUGAUAAGAUUCAAGGUCAAGGUAAAAAAUUAAGAUUAUUGAUUAAUGAAGAUGUAAAAAUUUCAAAUCAAGAACAAGCUAAAGUUCUACAGAGAAAUUUGAAGUUUUUGAAAAUUUAUAACACAAAGUUGAGUGAAACAGUUAAAGAAAAAGUCAGCACCCUGACUGUUGGUAGAAAUGGUCGGGUUUAUAGAUCCACAACUCCGUAUAUCUGA